AAUGUUUUUUAUUUGCUGCACAUGUUCUCAUGCAACAAUGUGUGCUAUCUUUUGUUAAACUAGUUUAUGUUUCUUUAGAAUAACAGUUAAUACACAACAAUUUAUUUGACACUUCACUCGCUUUUGCGUUCCUCUAUCGGUCCCUUGUUCGUCAGAGCAAAGUGCACACAGAGUACCUCGAGAUCUCGUCUGCAGAAGAGCUGCAUCCUGUAUUUCCUUCCCGACGUCAUCAGCACACAAAACCCGAAACCUUGACGCGACCUUGUCUGUGUAGAUUGGUUGGGAGUUACAUUCGACCGGCUUGCUUUCUCCCCCAUGUGGUUUUUGGGAAUAAGGACCUGAAGGACUAACGCCCACUACGAUAUUUUCACCCACGCAAGAAGAAAAAUGCAGAGGGCGGUAAUUUAAUAGCAUCUUCCCACAGCGAUGAAGAGCCGUGCACAUUCGGGAAACCUCUUCGCUCACCAAGAUCUGGAACGGCGCGGUUAUUGCUUCUCACAGCUUAUUGCUUUUCCUGGUAUUGUUUGUCCCAGUGCCUCUUUAUUACACAAGUGAUGGGACUGGGACUGGAUCAUUUUGUAACUCUUCCCCUGGUCAUCUCAGCUGCCAUCAUUAUGGUGUUAGAUCUCUGUAUGUAACAGAUCACUCUAUUCUCACGUCACGGAUUUGUGACAUGAACAAAAUGAUUUUGUCAGCCAAAUAUACAUUAAUUGGUCACAUUUGCUUCCUGGUAUUCUCCUCUUAUUUCCCCCAUGUCUCUUUCUCCCCCGCUGUCUCUCUCUCUCUCUUUGAUGAUGGGGGUGUUUCUAUUCUGUGGGGGCUGUGAGCUCAGCGAGUUUGUUUCUGUGUCUGUAAUCCCUUCUCUCUGGGCGCCAGCAUAUAAAAGCGACCAGGGGCCCGUCGCACCCUCACACAGACCACCAGUCUCAGCCCAGAGUCUUCACCUUCACGCACACACUGCCACAGUCAAUAUGUCUGCUGGAGGAGAGAAAUCCAAGUCUGCUUCCCAGACCGAUGGGAAAGCAGGUCACAACAAGAUGUCUGAUCCCGGCAUGAUGGCUUACAAGAUGAGUGUGUAUGACCAGGAGAACUUUCAGGGCCGCUGCAUCGAGAUCAACGGCGAGUGCAUGAACGUGUGUGACAUGGGAAUGGACAGGGUGCGCUCUCUGCGCGUUUCCUGCGGACCCUUCGUGGGCUUCGAACAGAUGAACUUCUGCGGAGAGAUGUUCAUCCUGGAGAAGGGCGAGUAUCCCCGCUGGGACUCCUGGAGCAACUGUCAGAAGAACGACUACCUGCUGUCCUUCAGGCCCGUCCGCAUGGACCCCGAGAAGCACAAGAUCUGCCUGCAUGAGGUUGGAGAGUUCAAGGGCCGUAAAAUGGAGAUCAUGGACGAUGACGUCCCCAGCUUGUUUUCCUAUGGUUUUACCGACAGAGUGGGAAGCAUCAAGGUCAGCUGUGGAACCUGGGUGGGUUACCAGUUCCCCGGCUACCGUGGCAGCCAGUACCUGCUCGAGAAGGGCGAAUACAGGCAUUUCAACGAGUUUGGCGCCCGCUGCCCCCAGAUGCAGUCCAUUCGCCGCAUUCGUGACAUGCAGUGGCACCCACAUGGCUGCUACACCAUGUCCUCCAAGUGAAAUCCGGCGAGGGCGAGGAAGAGAGGGAUCGGAGCGGAGGUGGAGGCCGAGGUCGGGCACAGAGACGGAGGCAAUGGAGGGAGGGCAAAGAAAGAGAGGAGGAGGGAGAGGCUGUAAUACGUUCUCCUUCAUCCCCCAAAUCCCAUGGCUGUUUGAAUGCAGGAUAGAGGAAAUACUGUGUCGUUGUUUUUUGUUUUUGCAACAUGGCGAUCGAGUGAGCGGUUAAAAGUUAUUUAAAGGGAAGGAGGAGAUAAUUACACAGACUGUUGGGACUAGAUCUAUUAAUAAACGCUCUCUCCAUUUCUGCUCUCCCUCUCCGUUUGCGAGCUGCCUUCUCCCCACUUUCCUCUUUCUCCUCCCCUCACACAAUUCUUUUUCCCAUCCCACCAACGUCAGCCCUCAGUCAGCCGAUCAGAGCAUCACCGAAGGGGGCACAGGUGUGGAUUUGUGUGCGUUUGUGUGGCGGGGGAUUCUUAGACCAACACAUUCUCCAACAAGAAAAGUGUUGGCAAAUAUUCGGUGCCGAGAUCCCGCUGCCCCAUCGACCCUAAACCCCAAUAAAGCAUUUCA